GAGAACGUCAGAGACAGGCCCACGUGGACUGUGUUGACUGUCAAAGUCUUUAGUUACUCCGCACCCGGAAGCCCUGAGUUCUGACCGAAGUUCCUGCCCAUCAGCCGGCUAAUUUCCCCGCCAGCCUGCGUGUGCCGAACCAUGAGCGCCGCGGGCGUAAUGUCUUUUGCCCAGCAAGGCUGGGAGCAGGUGCUGGCCAAAGUGAAGUGGUCGGUGGUCUACCUGGACGCCGCCUGCGCAGAGAGCCUGCACUGGAGCUGCGGAUCAAGCAGGCUUCUGGAGGCGGUUAAGGGUCCUGCGUGCAACCUGAGGGAAUUUGAGCCCCAUGCAAUUGGAGGUGGAGCUGAGCAGCCCCGGGCUGUGUUCGUGUUGAGCUGCCUCUUGAAAGACCGAGUAGUAGACACUCUCCGAGCUAUCGUUCGCCGCAGUCACUUUCAGUACUGUGUGGUGGUCACAGCCGUGAGCCACGCAGUCCACCUCACUGCUAACCAUGUACCAGCGGCUGCAGCGGCCGAGCUAGAGGGGCAGCAGCCGGUGUUCGAACAGCUGGAGGAGGAGCUAUGUGAGUGGAUGGGUAACAUGAACUACACGGCCGAGGUGCUACAUGUCCCGUUGUUGCUCGCCCCUGCUGCUCCCCACCUUGCCUUUACUCCGGCCUUUGCUACCCUUUUCCCUCUGCUACCUCGCGAUGUACAUCUCCUUAAUAGUGCCAGACCCGACAAGAGGAGGCUGAACAGCUUGGCUGAGGUGGAUGCCACUGCCCUGACCCCAGAGCUGCUGCUGUACAUCAGAUGCCUCGUGUCUGGCCUCAGUUCUCUGUGCGAGCAUCUAGGGGUACGAGAGGAGUGUUUCGCUGUGGGUUCCCUCAGUCGGGUCAUCGCUACGGAUCUGGCAAAUUAUGCCCCAGCCAAGAACAGGAGGAAGACUGCUACAGGCAGGGCUUCCGUGGUCUUUGUGGAUAGAACCUUGGAUCUCACAGGAGCAGUUGGACACCAUGGAGACAACUUAGUAGAGAAGAUCAUAUCAGUGCUUCCACAGCUCCCAGGCCACACCAACGACGUGAUGGUCAACAUGGUAGAACUCACUGCUGUCCAGGCUCCGGAGGAAAACCAGAAUGUGAUCGCACCAGGCUGCCUCGCACAGUCCAGGGACACCUCAGCCAAGGCCCUGUGGGAAGCCCUGCUGACCGCCAAGCACAAAGAGGCAGUGAUGGAAGUUCGGAGACAUCUAGUGGAAGCAGCCAGCAGAGAAAACCUGCCCAUCAAGAUGAGUAUGGGAAGGGUCACUCCGGGGCAGCUCAUGUCCUAUAUUCAGCUCUUCAAGAACAACCUUAACGCUCUUACAAAUCACUGUGGGCUCCUCCAGCUCGGGAUGGCCACCGCUCAAACCCUGAAGCACCCACAGACUGCCAAGUGGGAUAACUUUCUGGCAUUUGAAAGGCUCCUUCUACAGAGCCUCGGGGAUUCAACCAUGGCGGUCGUGCUAAAUCAGCUGCUACCUAUGAUUAAGUCCUCAAGUCAGAGAACCAAUGAUGACUACAGCCCUGAGGAGCUGCUGGUCCUCCUCAUCUACGUCUAUUCUGUCACUGGAGAGUUGACACUGGACGAAGACCUGGGAGAAGCUGAAGAAAGGGUGAAGAAAGCAUUGGCCCGUGUCUUCUCUGAGGAGUCUGAGUUGUCACCUUUGCUGCAGAGAAUCACAGGCUGUGACUCUGCCGCUAACCUGACAUUUCCCAAAUCCCAAACUGCUGUGAAUGCUGUCUUCAUGGCUCUCCGGGAGAUCGCUGGAGCUAGGAGUCUCCUGAGACAGUUUCAGUCUGUGUAUGUGCCUGGGACUCACACCCAGCAGGCAUCCUAUAAGCCGCUGCUGAAGCAGGUUGUGGAGGAAAUAUUUAACCCCGAGAAGCCAGACCCCGUUGACAUUGAGCAUAUGUCCUCAGGCCUCACUGACCUCCUCAAAACUGGAUUCAGCAUGUUCCUGAAGGUGAGCCGGCCCCAUCCCAGUGACCAUCCCCUCUUGAUCCUCUUUGUGGUGGGCGGAGUCACAGUCUCUGAAGCCAAAAUGGUCAAAGACCUUGUAGCAUCUCUGAAGCCAGGAACCCAGGUGAUGGUGCUAUCCACAAGGCUCCUGAAGCCACUUAGCAUUCCUGAGCUGCUCUUCGCAACUGACCGGCUACACCCAGACCUUGGCUUCUGACAUCUAAGAGAAGAUAAGACCUGUUUGAGCUGGAAAUACCCCUACCCACCUGUCACCGUUCCAGAUAUGCCUCCGAAGCCAGCGGCCCCCAUUGCUAAUUAUAGGGAUGACUUAAUUCUACCAGAGAGGUCUUCA